AUGUCUCUCGUAGGAAACGUUACUACCAAUUUCGACCACUCCAUCAACACUCGCGGGCCUGGAGAUCCAUCUCACUAUCGUCGGGAGUCUGAGACGGACGUGGGGUUUCAUCCAUUCCGGUCUAGAUCAAAAGACGGCCGCACCGCGAACGAUGGCUCCCAUCCCGCCCAGGACCCUGAAAAGAAGGGCGAAUCUUCCAGCAGUUCAACUGACGACGGCGCGGACCGGGUCAAGGACCUGGCUAGACAACUGACUCGAAGUUCCACCUUCUCUACCACCGGGGUCAAUCCUUUUGACACCGAGCCCGAUUCCAUCUUGGAUCCCAACUCGGAGAAUUUCAAGCCCAGCGCCUGGAUCAAGGCCCUGUUUAAAGCACAGAAAGAAGACGAUCGAUUUCUGGCCAGGACGGCUGGUGUCGCCUUCCGCGACCUGAGUGUCCAUGGCUUCGGUGCCGCCACCGACUACCAGAAAUCCGUGGGCAAUGUUAUUUUUGAAGUCCUCGGCAUAGCCCGCAAACUGAUGAAAGUCGGCCAGCAGAGAAUUGACAUCCUCCGCAACUUCGACGGCCUCCUCCUCCCUGGAGAAAUGCUGGUCGUGCUGGGGCCUCCCGGCUCAGGCUGUUCGACCUUUCUCAAAACCAUCGCGGGCGAGACCCAUGGCUUCAACGUGGACAAAGACUCGCACAUCAACUACCAGGGGAUCAGCUUCCACGAGAUGCACAAGCACUUCCGUGGAGAGGCCAUCUACACUGCCGAGCAGGAUGUCCACUUCCCGCAACUGUCCGUCGGCGACACCCUCUACUUUGCCGCCCGCGCCAGAGCGCCCAGGCACAUUCCCGGCGGCGUGUCGCGAGACACUUAUGCGUCACACAUGCGAGAUGUCAUCAUGGCCACCUUUGGCAUCCGCCACACAUUCAACACCCAGGUUGGCAAUGACUACAUUCGAGGCGUCAGUGGUGGAGAGAGGAAGCGGGUCAGUAUUGCCGAGGCUGCGUUGAACAUGUCUCCUCUUCAAUGCUGGGACAACAGUACUCGUGGUCUGGACAGCGCCAACGCCAUCGAAUUCUGCAAGAGUCUGCGCGUGUCGACCGACAUCCUCGGUGCCGCGGCUGCCGUGGCCAUUUACCAGGCGCCCCAGAGUGCUUAUGAUCUCUUUCACAAAGCAGUCGUGCUCUACGAAGGCCGACAGAUCUACUUUGGCCCCACGGGCGAAGCUAGAGAUUACUUUGUCCGGAUGGGUUUUCACUGUCCUGACCGUCAGACCACUGCCGAUUUUCUAACUUCCAUGACCAAUCCCCAGGAAAGAAUUGUCGAAAAAGGCUUUGAGAACAAGGUUCCGCGCACUCCAGACGAGUUUGCAAAGGCCUGGAAAGAAAGCCCCGAGCGCGCCAAAUUGCUCCGAGAUAUCGAAGAGUUUGACAAGGCACAUCCCAUCGGAGGCCCGGACCUGGAAAGGUUCAAGGAAUCCAGGAGACUCCAACAGGCCAAACAGCAACGCGUUUCCUCGCCAUAUACUCUGUCAUAUGGCCAGCAAGUCAGCCUUUGCCUGUGGCGUGGCUUCCGUCGGUUGGUGGCAGAUCCCAGUCUGACGGUCACCCAACUGGUAGGCAAUAACAUCCUGGCCUUGAUCGUCAGUUCCAUCUUCUACAACCUCGACGGCACCACUAACUCGUUCUAUUCCCGUGGAGCUCUGCUCUUCUUUGCCAUCUUGAUGAAUGCUUUCGGUUCCGCGCUGGAAAUUCUGACUCUCUACGCUCAACGCCCCAUCGUCGAGAAGCACGCCCGAUAUGCACUAUAUCAUCCAUCGGCUGAAGCUUUUGCAUCCAUGUUGGCGGACAUGCCCUACAAGAUUGUCAACAACAUCCUUUUCAACAUUAUCAUAUAUUUCAUGACCAACCUACGAAGAGAACCCGGGGCCUUCUUUUUCUUCAUCCUGAUCUCCUUCUUUUUGACGCUGGUCAUGAGUAUGCUUUUCAGAACCAUCGCCUCCGUCUCUCGCACGCUCAGUCAAGCUCUGGCACCCGCUGCAAUUCUCAUUCUAGCAAUCGUCAUCUACACGGGUUUCGCCAUUCCUGUCAACUACAUGCUAGGCUGGGCUCGUUGGAUCAACUAUCUCGACCCUGUGGCAUACGGUUUCGAAGCACUCAUGAUCAAUGAAUUCACUCACCGCAAAUUCCCGUGUGCGAAUUAUGUACCGACUGGUGCUGGUUAUGGCGACGUGGGCGAUUUCAACAAAGUGUGCUCUACUGUUGGAUCUAAACCCGGUCAAUCAUACGUGAAUGGUGACGACUAUCUCAACAGCAAUUACCAGUAUUACACCUCUCACAGAUGGCGGAACUUCGGCAUUCUCAUUGCAUUCCUGAUUGGAUUGUCAUGUACGUAUCUCGUGGCGGCGGAAUUUGUGGCUGCAAAGAAAUCAAAGGGCGAAGUGCUGGUCUUCAGACGCGGCCAUAAACCAGCCGCACUCAAGGAGAAAGCAGUCCAAGAUGCAGAAGCUGGUGGUGCGGGCACUGUGGCUACUGCGCAGAACGACGACCGCGCCCUUGCACCUAUCUCCAGCAUCAUCCAGAAGCAGACCGCCAUCUUUCAAUGGAAAGAUGUCUGCUAUGAUAUCAAAGUCAAAGGAGGCGAGCGACGACUUUUGGAUCACGUGGAUGGUUGGGUCAAGCCCGGUACCCUGACAGCCCUGAUGGGUGUUUCUGGAGCCGGAAAGACAACGCUGCUCGACGUCCUCGCCACGCGUGUCACCAUGGGUGUCAUCACUGGAGAGAUGCUGGUGGAUGGCCAACAACGAGAUGAUUCCUUCCAGCGUAAGACAGGAUAUGUCCAACAGCAAGAUCUGCAUUUGGAAACGUCCACAGUCAGAGAAGCUAUGAACUUUAGCGCCCUGCUCCGUCAACCGGCACACAUCCCUCGGGAAGAGAAGCUGGCUUACGUCGACGAAAUUAUCAAGCUUCUCGAGAUGACCGAGUACGCCGGUGCAGUCGUUGGUGUGCCUGGUGAAGGUCUCAACGUCGAGCAGCGUAAACGACUUACUAUCGGUGUCGAGUUGGCGGCAAAGCCACAAUUACUGCUGUUCUUGGACGAGCCCACCUCCGGUCUCGACUCUCAAACUUCCUGGUCUAUCCUCGAUCUGCUAGAAAAACUGAAGAACAACGGACAGGCUAUCUUGUGUACUAUCCACCAGCCGUCUGCUAUGCUCUUCCAGCGCUUUGACCGGCUGCUCUUCCUGGCCAGAGGUGGUAGGACAGUCUAUUUCGGCCCCGUCGGCGAGUCGUCCAAGAUCUUAACCAGCUACUUCGAACGAAACGGCUCCCACAAAUGUCCUCCGGAUGCAAACCCGGCCGAAUGGAUGUUGGAAGUCAUUGGCGCUGCCCCCGGGUCACAUACUGACAUCGACUGGGUCGAAACAUGGCGCAACUCGCCCGAGUUCCAAGAAGUCCGUGCUGAACUGGACCACCUCAAGCAUGAGCGGUCCCAGUUGACCCGUGUUGUAUCCCACAACACCGACAAAGCAAGCUUCCGCGAAUUUGCGGCCCCCUUCCACAUCCAGCUGUGGGAAGUCCAGAAGCGUGUCUUUGAACAAUUAUGGCGCACCCCGUCUUACAUCUACAGCAAACUGUUCCUCUGCAUUGCAUCUGGUCUCUUUAUCGGCUUCUCCUUCUUCAAAGCUCGCAACACGAUCCAAGGCCUACAGAAUCAAAUGUUCGGUAUUUUCAUGUUGACGACCAUUUUCGGCCAACUCGUGCAGCAAAUCAUGCCUUUGUUCGUGACCCAGCGGUCGCUGUACGAAGUCCGCGAACGCCCGAGCAAGACGUACUCAUGGAAGGCGUUCAUGAUAAGCAACAUAGUCGUCGAAAUCCCCUGGUCGACCCUGUGCGCCGUCCUGAUCUUUGUGACAUGGUAUUACCCGAUCGGCUUGUACCAGAACGCAGAGCCAACAAACUCGGUCCACGAACGCGGCGCCCUGAUGUUCCUGUACAUUCUCUGUUUCCUACUCUUCACCUCAACCUUCGCGCACAUGACGAUUGCGGGCAUCGCCGACGCCGAGACGGGUGGCAACAUUGCCAACUUGGCUUUCUCGCUGACGCUGCUGUUCUGUGGUGUCCUUGUCGGGCCCAAAGCCUUACCCGGGUUCUGGAUCUUCAUGUACCGCGUCUCCCCCUUCACCUACCUGAUCGACGGCAUGCUUAGCACCGCCGUCGCACAUACUAAAGUCAUCUGCGCCAAGAACGAGUACCUUAACUUCGACCCGCCCUCAGGCCAGACCUGCGCCGAUUACAUGCGCUCUUACAUGAACGCUUCGGGCGGAUACCUCCAGGACCCGUCGGCGACGACCAAUUGCGGAUACUGCCCGAUUGACAGCACCGACACCUUCCUUGCCGGCAUCUCCGCCCAUCCUAACCUGACAUGGCGCAACUUCGGUCUACUUUGGGCCUACAUCGUGUUCAACAUCGCCGCCGCCAUCUUCUUUUAUUGGUUGGUCCGCGUCCCCAAGAACAAGCGCAAGGGAAAGAAAGAACUUGCCAGUCCAAAAGCCAGCAAGGACGCAAGCGUCGUCGACGCGCAUGCGACCACCGAAACCACGGAGAAUGAGAAGCACACGCAGAGUGAGCCACACGCCGCACCCGUCACCACGACUACAACGGCGGAACCCACACAUCCUGUCGAUGCACAAGAGAAAGCAGAGCAGAAAUAG